UGCAGCUGCGCAAUCACCACUCCCACGCGACAACACUGCUCCCGUGCUACUGCGACGUCGUGCGUUCUUUUGUUCUCUUCUUCUGCCUUACGUUCUCGUUGUAUUGCUCAAGAUCUUCGCACCCUGAUUCUCCACUUCUCCGUCUCGAAAGACACCUCCUCGACUUCCGCCAGAGCCGCCGAACACUAGCUUCCCCCGUAUUCACCUAUCCCUCGGCCUUGCCUUUCGAAAAACAUGGCACACUCACGAUCACACACAUCCCUCCUUUCGCUGCUCGCGGCCACUUCAUUACUCCCUCUCCAAGCAUGGGCCUCCUUCGAAUGCAAAGACAUGGGGACGCAAGGCACCCACUUCAACUUCGAGAAGCUUGGCGGGCCACACGUCGUACAUUGGAAAGAAGAAGAUGUGGAGCACGACAUGGAAUUCAAAUACAACUUCACAAUGGACCUCUGCAAAGCUCUGAAGUCAGAGUGCCAUAACGGCGCACGAGUCUGUGGCAUGCGGGAGAACAUCGAUCUCUCCCAGGAAGGAAACUCGACUAUCACACCAAUCGAUAUUGCUGGAACAUACACCUCAUACAACGGGCGCAACAUCGAUGCCAAGUACGAACUGCUGCGAAACUCGAAGUCGAACUCAGAUUCAGGACGUGAAGGUUUGAGAACCAUCCUGCACGGAGGACGACUGCCUUUUGAUGAUAAGAAGAACGGCCUCGAUCAGCGUGCAAUCAUCGAAUUCGUGUGCGACAAGGAUCGUACAGGACUCGAAGGUGAUGAGACAGAUGGCGGCAAAUCAGGCAGCGGCAAAGAUGAUGAUAAGGAUGGCAAGAAGGACGAUGAUAAGAAGGACGAUGAUAAGAAGGACGACGAUAAGAAAGAGGAGAAGCGUAUGAGCAGGAGAGAAGAGGGUAGCAAAGACCAGUGUGAGGACAGCGACGCUAGUCUGCGCUUCUGCGGGUACAAGGUCGAGAACCUUGAGAAGGACAAGAUGGCAAGGACACUGAGGUUGGAGUGGCGCACCAAGUAUGCGUGCGCGGACACACCCGCGGAGAAGCCUGCGAGCGCGCACUGGGGCUUCUUCGGGUGGUUCUUCAUCAUUCUUUUCCUUAGUAUCGCAGCCUACCUCGUCUUCGGCUCAUGGCUCAACUACAACCGCUACGGCGCACGCGGGUGGGACUUGCUUCCUCACGGCGACGCCAUUCGCGACGUCCCCUAUAUCGCGAAGGACUUCGGGCGCAAGAUCUUCCAAACCGUGCAGGGUAGUGGGAGUAGGGGAGGGUACGCCGCUGUCUGAUUGAGCAUGGGCUCGGUCUGUGCUUCGUGCUUCUAGACGAAGUUUUGGUGAAGCUGGAGGAGUUGAAAGAGGAGGGAGUGUAGAAUCCGAUCUGCUUGGAUCAGAUUCAAGCACUGACUAGCGUACACAUCUAGAUAUUGACUGCUGACGCGUCGUUAGCGCCUACAAUAUGUAUACAUCUUUCCUUCCCGC